GCGGCAAGAUGGCGGCCCCUGGCAAACAGUAUGGGCUGAUCCUGUCCCAGAAAAAGUCAUUGACAAAGAACGCCACCCUGCAGAGACCCUCAGUGUUUGGGGAUGACUCUGAUGAUGAGACAACUGUUGGGGAGAGUCUGCAGAAGGAAGCUGUUAAGAAGAGGAGUAUGAAGCAGACGCGUCUAGAGAUGCAGAAGGCCCUGGAGCAGGACAGCACCGUGUACGACUACGACGGCGUGUACGACGACAUCCAGAACCAGAGGCUAGAGAGCAGCAAGAAGAUCCUGGGAGGAACGGAUAGAAAGCCCAAGUACAUCAACCAGCUGAUGAAGGCUGUGGAGGAGCGGAAGAAGGAGCAGGAGCGGCGGGACGAGAGGAAGAUCCAGAAGGAGAGGGAGGCAGAGGGCGAGGAGUUUGCAGACAAGGAGGCGUACGUCACUGCGGCCUACAGGCAGAAGCUCAAGGAGAGGGAGGAGGAGCAGAGGAGUAAGAGGGAUGCUGCCAUGGAAGCCAUACCGGACUCAACGGCAGACAGGCCUCAGAGCUCAGUGCCCCCCACAGAGCCGGACCCCCCCCCAGCUGCCCCGCUGUCCCCGUCCCGGGACAACGGCACCCUGCUGAACAGCGACAGCGAGGACGGGCAUGAGAGCAAGCCCGGCUUCAGCAAACCCGGCCACAGCUCUGGCCACGCCAAACGCCACUACCGGCAGAGGUCAGCGUCGCCCGGGGGGGACCGAUGCCCUAGCAAAGGGAAGGACAGGGACAGGCACAAGAAGAGCCAGCGGGACGGAGAGCGGGACAAGGACAGGGACAGGAGGAAGGAGAGGGACGGAGAGAGGGAGGACAGAACCAGGGGGAGGAGAGACGAUAAAGACAGGCGGAAGGAUCGGGCCGGCGAGCCAGAGAGAGACGGCGGACAACACAGGGGCAGAGAGGACAGAGGGAAGGAGGACCGGCAGGAAAGGAGGGAGAAGAGUCCCAAGGAGAGACGCAGAGAGGAGGAGGAGGAGGAAAGGAGGGGGAAAAGGGGAAGCCCGCCCGGAGCAGCAGAAGGAGGGGAAGGAGAGGAUGAAAGACCCCGAGGCAGACAGAGCAAUCAAGGGGAGGACGCUGGCUCUCAGGGGGAGGAAAAAGCAAGUAAGUUUGCCAAGCGCAGCAGUGACCACACGGUGAGCUCAGCCCGAGAUCGCUACCUGGCCAGGCAGAUGGCCCGCUCGGGCUCCAAGGCGUACAUCGAGAAGGAGGAGGACUGAGGGGCGCUGGGCGUUGUUCUACUGUCGUGUUGAGCCGGGGGGAUCCUGGUCACGUCCUCAGGUGCACUGUAAUGGGCUACGGCUCCGUUCGAAUCUACAAGGGAAGAUGGUUAGGUGUAAUAAAGAGUGACUGUUGCAUCUAGGGACGAUACAUGUGUGUGCAGUAGUGUAAUUAAUCAAUUGAAUUAAUAAAACAAUACUUGUCCCA